AUGGAUAGUGCGUCGCUUGUGCAGUUUGCGUCGGCGCUGCACGAGCAUGGAGACAGUAUGUCAGGCAGCCACACCUUUGUGAUGUACACCGUACCUGCCGAUGCUUUCUUGCAGAUGACAGAAGUCAAGAUGCACGAGGAGCUCGCAGACGCCGGUGUGCUUCAAGAGUUUGAAGAGAGCCUGGGAAAGGCAAUGUUCGUGUCGCACCAGUGGCUGAGUGACACCCAUCCUGACCCAGACUUCCAGCAGCUGAAAGUUCUGCAGGAUGCACUGAGGAAUAUCGUUGCCGGAACCAGCUCAAUUUCUCAAGCUCUGUUCUCAGAAGUUGUGUAUGGUCGAAGAAGAUGCCCUGCACCCGGCGACUUCGCAUCCGGCCAUCUCCACAUUUGGUAUGACUACUUUAGCGUCCCGCAAAGCCGCGAUCACCGCGCAUCUCAGGGCCGUCAGACAGCCAUUCAAAGCAUCCCAACAUAUGUGGCAAGAUGCGAGUUCUUUGAAGUGCUAU